CGAGUACAGUUGCAGCCACUGCCGCCUUCGUCGUCGUCGUCGCCGCUGUCAUUAUCAUCGCCACCGUCGCCACCAUCGCCGCCGCCGCCGCCACCGCCACCGCCGUCACCGCCACCGCUACCGCCACCGCCGCUACCGCUACCGCUACCGCCACCGCCGCCGCCGCCGCCGCCACCGCCACUGUCACUGCCACUGCUGCCGCCACCGCCGCCGCCACCAUCAACACCAUCACUACCAUCAACACCAUUAUUAUCACCGCCACCGUCACUACCAUCACCACCAUUACCAUCAUCACCAUCAUCACCAUCAUCACCAUCAUCACCACCAUCAUCACCAUCAUCGCCAUCAUCGCCACUGCCAUUUUCACCGCCACCGCACUAUCAUCAUCAUUGCUACCAUCUCCUCCAUCGCUAA